AAUGUCGUCCGAAGGCCUGGGGAGGGUCUUGUCAAAAUCUAAUUUUGAUGCUGAUGGAUUUGUUAAGAAUGUGUCCCAGGGAGGAGAAGAUGACUUGUUGUACACGCGACAGAAGGUUCAGGUUUUGGCUGACGACACUGCCUUGGCAUUGAAGAAAAAUGUCUACAAAAACUAUUCGCAGUUCAUUGAAACUGCCAAGGAGAUUUCAAUCCUUGAGGGGGAGAUGUACCAGCUCAGCCACAUGCUGACAGAACAAAAAGCUCUGCUGAAUGUCAUGAAGGAAAUGUCUCUGGUCAGUGACAAAGCUGACACGCCGAAAGGGGAGGAGGAGGGAGAAAAGAAGGAAGAUGAUACUAGACAACAGAAUCUUGCUUUCUUGUUGGAGAAAGUAGAAGGUUGUUCAAAACAGGUUCAGAACCUGUCACCCCUCUUUGUAAAAGUGGAAGGUGCAGCUCGAGUGACAGAGGUUCCAGGGCGAUACCUGAUUCAUGCCAGCGAUUUGACAGAGCUGGACUCUGAAACGUUCUCAACGAUCCAGCGAGUUCAUGCGUUCCUUCUCAACGAUAGCAUCAUGAUCGCAUCGUGGCUGCCACAAAGAAAAGGCCCUGUGAAGUACAAAUAUCAAGCUCUGUAUGAGUUAGACAACCUGGCCGUGGUCAAUGUGAAGGAUGUCGGACCGGUGAAAAAUGCCUUCAAGAUUCUUAUGUUUCCUGAUGCGCGGAUGUACCAAGCCGAAACCCAAAAGGAUAAAAGACAGUGGCUGGAUGUUCUUGAAGAAUCCAAGAAGAAGAAAAUGGCAUUGGACAAUCAGAAGCGCGAGUCGGUGAUCAAUUUGAAGCUUCCAGAGUCCAAGUCGUUGAAUCCAUUUGAAACGGGAGCUAACCCUUUUGAAGACAGCAAUCCUUUUGAUGACGAGGACGAAGUCGACCACACCCCAGUUGAGCGCCCCCCUCCCCCAGACAACCACAUGCUCUUGCUCAAUUGGGUGCAGGAAGUUCCUGAAGAUUUGGACGUCAGCAUUGCGCAGCGGGACUUUGAACAUGCUGUUGAAAUCAUUACAGUUGUUAAUCAGCAUCUGAAUAGUGCGCCGAAAACACCAGCACUGAUGGAGUACAGGGCAAGAAUUGAACAUCGUGUUAAAACCCUGACCGAUGUCCUUGUGAGCGAGUUGCGGGUGUCGCCAGAGAGGUCGCUGAGAGGUGGGCCCCGUGCGGCAAGGAGAGCGGUCACACAGCUCAUCAAACUGGGCAAGUCCGCCCAGGCUUGUGAUUUGUUCUUAAAGAAUCGAGCAGCGAUUAUCAAGUACAAUCUGACCCAGGUGAAGUUGGAAGGUGCAUCGUCGUUGUACAUCAAGAAAUUCUGUGAUGUUUUCUUCUCUGGGAUGACAGAUACGGUAAAGGAAUUUCAAAAGGCAUUCCCGGAUCACCAUGGAUGUUAUUCAGCAUUCCUUGUUUGGAUUCAAGAAGAGAUGAAGGAGUUUUCUGUGAUGUUCCGUGACCAGGUGUUUGCUUCAAACAAGGUGAACCUGACGACCGUGGCUGAAUGUGUGGUGAUAGCACGCCAACAUACAGAUGAGUUGACCGAACUUGGCCUGGAGUGCACUUUUGUUCUAAAUGGCCUUCUGCAGCCAGAUAUCGAGAAGCUCAUCAUCGAUAAUCGGGAUCAGUUGGUAGAGGCUGGCAAACACCGUGCUGCUGAGGACCUCUGGCGCCCGAUGAAUCUAAAGACCCGGUCGGCUAUGAAGAUUUACGUGGAGGAACUUAAUGAAAUAGGACUUGCUGUGGUCAAAAAUCAUGUCGAUGACUGUAGCAUCAGCUUGACCAACAACACCUUGAGUUUUAGUCGGCUGUAUCUCAGCUUCGUCGACGACAUGUGCAAACUUUACACGGAGGAACUCCAGACCUAUAUUGUCGCUGCACUCGCCGACGUCUUCAAGUCACAAGUCAAGCAGUAUGAGCGGUCAUUGAAGGCGAAGAAAUUCAUAAAAGAUCAUAAAUUUAUUCUGAACAAUGCAACAUUCCUGAUUGAGACGGUGCUUAAACUAACGGAGGAGAAAUUACGACGGAAGACCGGCAUUUCAUCGUAUCAGAUGUACGAGCUUCACACGGCUAUGAGGAAGUUAAAGACGAUUUCAAAAGAUGCCACUCCAGAAAUGGUAUAAUUUAGGCAGACUUUUUGAUGGGAGUUUUGCAAUAUCUUCAAGGAAAUGUCAAGAAAUUGUGCGUGGAGUUAUUCUGAUAUACCACGAGAGUCGUAUACUGAGAAUUGAUAAGGAGUAAGAAUGUCUAAGGAAUACAUGUAUUACAGCCUCUUAUUUUGGUAUACAUGUAAGUCUUAGAUGAAUGUCCAUUGACAACUUGCAUACAGUAGGAGUUCAGUAGAACAUGGUCCAUUGAGUUGUCGGUGGGCAUUUAUCAAAAGAAGUGAAAAAUAAGAAAAAUGACAAAUCAUAGUUUAGGUGAGUUGUACAAUGUUUAUUAUUCUCUGAUGGAAUACUAUAACAUUUGUGUACAAGUGUGGUGUGGCCAAUAAGAACACAUUUGUGCUUGUUAUUUAAGAUAACUUAGGAACAUGUGUGACAUUCGUGAAUGUGCAGGGAUAAUUUUGGAUGAAAGCAGUACAGAAAAAUUAAGAUUUUGAAGAAAAUUUUCAACAUGCAGUUGCACUCUUAUCGAUCUGAAGUCAAAAUUAUUAAUGCAAUUGGUAACGACUAGUCUUUGUUAAUAGUUGGCACGAUGUAAUAUAAUAAUGUGUCAUGUAAUAAAUAAUAAAAACUUCACAUAAAGGU